AUGGUUUUCAAUCUUCGAUGGGGCAUUCUCGCAUUUGUGGAGGACUUGUUGCAUGAUCCAACUACAAGGGGGGUUACAGACGUCACGCAUACUGUAUCCGCCGUGGCAUCAUCUUCAUCCAAGUCGUCAGCCGAUUUAUUCGUGGAGAGGCUUCAGAUUCCCCAACCAUGCGCGACAUACGGAUCCUACGCAGAGGCCGUCAAUGAUGCCAACGUUCAAGCAAUCUACGUUGCUACACCACACUCACACCACUUCCAACAUGUGAUGCUGGCACUAAAAGCCGGUAAGCAUGUCCUUUGCGAGAAGGCCUUUACCGUCAACGCAGCUCAGGCCAAAAUCCUAUGCGAAACUGCACAGAAGAAGGGUCUUUUCCUGAUGGAAGCUGUUUGGACUCGUUAUUUCCCGCUGAGCAUUGAAGUGCGACGUCUUGUGCAAACCGGGGUUAUUGGUGAGGUCUUGCGUGUGGUCUCCGAUUUGAGUAUUGGAGCUGACCCUGAGACUGCCUGGAACGCCGACCAUCGCAUGGUUAACAAGAACCUCGCUGGCGGCGCGCUGCUUGACCUGGGUGUUUACGCUCUGACUUGGGUCUUCCAAAUCCUUUACCACACUCUGCCCCCAUCUCAACGCAAAGCACCAUCACAGGUUGUCUCUCACAUGUCAAAGUUUGCUGGAACCGGAGCAGACGAAGACACGACUAUGAUCAUCACAUUCCCUACCACGACGCCGUCCGCCCUUCCUAAUCGGACUUCACACGCUGUAGCAAUGACAGCCUUUCGUGUUGCUACGGAUCCAGACAACCGCGGCUCUGCUGGCCCCUCCAUCCAGAUCUACGGGACUACGGGUCACAUCCAAAUUUUCGGGCCUGCCUAUCGCCCGGAGCGAUUCCGUUUAGUACCAACUGGUGAAUCGGGAGAUGCAUCAACCGUUCAAGAUGUCAGCAUGCCUGUUCCUAACGAUGCGCGCGGUAUGUUCUGGGAGGCUGAUGAAGUUGCUCGCUGUUUGCGCGAUGGGAAGCUUGAGAGCGAGGGUUUGCCUUGGGAUGAGAGUAUUGCUAUUAUGGAAGUCAUGGAUAAAGUUCGGCAGCAGGGAGAUUUGACUUAUCCUGCGCGCAUUGAGUCAACGGAGUAUCCCUUGGCUCUUUGA